GAUGGAGUAGUCGCACUUUUUUCACGCUCCCGCAAAUUUCACUCCUACCAUUCUGUAUAGCUCGACUGAAUGCAGUAACUGCUACUAACGUUUUAAUAGUACUAAUACCUUUUCGCGCUAAAUGAGAAAAUGUCUAACAGAGCCAAAAAGGAGGAGCAAAGGAAGGAGGAUCUGGCGGCAAGUACCAUCAUGGCUACGCUAACUACAAUGCUAGCGGACCACAAGACUUCUCUCUCGUCGGAGUUUAACUCCGCCUUUUCCAAACUCAACAACACGCUGGACUGUAUUCAGACCACACUUCUGGAAAACCAGAAGCGUCUCUCCUCACUAGAACUGUUUGCCGACACAACCAGCCAGGAUAUGCUGGCUAUGAACACCAAGCUAACAUUCGUAACCGAGGAGAACGCGAGGCUAAAAGCUAAGCUAAUAGACUUGGAGAGCAGAAGUCGUCGGAACAACAUAAGAAUUGUCGGCGUACCCGAAAACAUCGAAGGUCCAAACCCAACAACGUUCUUCUCUCAACUGCUGGUCGAAGUCUUGGGUGAACACACGCUGUCGUCGACCCCGGAGCUGGACCGUGCCCACCGCUCGCUAACAGCAAAGCCAGGCCCCGGUGAGAGACCGCGUGCUAUCGUGAUAUGCUUCCACCGAUUCCAGACGAGGGAGCUGGUGGUGCGGGAAGCUCGGAAACGCAGGGGCAAACUAAAGUACAAGGACUCACCGAUACACAUCUUUGAAGACUACUGCCCUGAAAUACUGGAACAGCGGGCCGUGUACCGGGACGUCAUGAGGGAUCUCUACAAUCUGGGCCUCAAACCAGCACUCCACUAUCCGGCCAAGCUAAUGGUUUCAACCGAAGGUGGAAAGAGACGACGACUCGCAUCUCUCAAAGACGCCCAAGAUUUCGUCAAAUCCCACAAUCAACGCAGCCAAGAACAUUCAAAAGAGUAAUCUCAGUUGUACUCUCUGCAGUUUCCAGUUAUCAUGCAUCAGCCCCCCUCCUGACCCGCGUGUAUACAUCAGCCCGUUCUGCUCUCCUAGUUGGACAUGGUGAGGUAUGACAAGCGCCAGUAAUACACUCAGAUUUGUUUCAUGGAAUGUGAGGGGAGUGGGGAGCGC